AUUGUAUUUUAUUUUAUUUUUUUCGAUAACCAGCGUCAUUUUAUAUUAAUCCAACCUCGAAUGAGCUGUCAUCCCCCCUUUCGUCAAUUGCUGGCAUGGACGUUCUCGUGCCGGUCCACAACCACCACCUCUCAUUCGAUAUCUUUUGGAUCCAUCCUUCUCUCCCUGGCCCCAGAUUCCACACCCCCACCCGAUCCAGAUUCCAAAUCCUCAUGGAAUCCUCUUGCCUCCGUCUCCAUCGCUUUCCCCGCCGUCCCCUACUCCCAACCCCCUCCACCACCGCUCCAAACCACCACCACCUCCUCCUCUCCCUCCCGCUCACCCUCGAACACCAUCCCUUCCCUGCCACCAUCACUCCUUCCAGCCAUCUCCCCUCACUCCGACUCCGACGCCCUCCACUUCCACCCGUACCCGCAAAAUCCGCCGACAUCGAUGACGGCGUCAUUCCGACCGACUCCGACCUCGCACCAACUCCACCGUCCCACCGCACCUUCUCCGCGUGGGACAUGGCCAGUCUCUGGGUCGGCCUCGUCGUCGGCGUCCCCUCCUACUACCUCGCCGGCAGCCUUGUCGACCUCGGCAUGGCCUGGUGGCAGGGCAUCGCCACCGUCGUCCUCGCCAAUCUCAUCGUCCUCAUCCCCCUCAUCCUCACCGCCGUCCCGGGCACCAAGCACGGCAUCCCCUUCCCAGUCCUCGCCCGCUCCGCCUUCGGCGUCCGCGGUGCCCACGUCCCUACCCUCCUCCGAGCUCUAGUCGGCUGCGGAUGGUACGGUAUCGAGACGUGGAUCGGCGGCGAGGCCAUCUUCCUCCUCCUCCCUCCUUCCUUGAAGACAUCAUCCUCUGCUCUGUCUCUAAUCCCCUGGUUGGGAACCUCGCCGCUCGAAUUCUCCUGCUUCAUGGUCUUCUGGCUGGCCCAGAUGGGCAUCGUUUGGAGGGGAAUGGAUGGAAUUCGGGAACUGGAGAAGUACUCGGCGCCGAUCCUCAUCGUCCUCACCUCCUGCCUCCUCUGCUGGGCUUAUGUCAAGGCCGGCGGCUUCGGCAGAAUGCUCUCGCUCUCUUCUCGCCUCUCCUCAGCUGAAGAAUUCUGGUCUAUCUUCUUCCCUUCCCUCACCGCAAACAUUAGCUUCUGGGCUACUCUGGCCCUCAACAUUCCGGACUUCACUCGCUACGCCCGGAGCCAGAAGGACCAAAUCCUCGGCCAGGCCGGGCUGCCGGUCUUCAUGGGAAUCUUCACCUUCGUCGGUCUGGCCGUGACGGCCUCCACCGAGGUGAUCUUCGGCCGCGUGAUCUCCGAUCCGAUCCACCUCCUUGGACAGAUUGGAGGGCUCUCCACCACACUCAUUGCCAUCUUCGGCAUCAGCCUUGCCACCAUCACCACCAACAUCGCCGCUAAUGUCGUAGCUCCUGCGAAUGCUCUCGUGAAUCUUAGUCCGUCGAUGUUCACGUUUCGAAGGGGAGCUCUUGUGACUGCUCUGUUGGGCAUUGCCUUCCAGCCUUGGAGGCUGCUGAGCUCCAGUGAGAGCUUCGUCUACACUUGGCUGCUUGGGUACUCGGCGCUGAUGGGACCGAUUGGUGGCAUAAUUCUCGCAGAUUAUUACCUUAUAAAGGGCAUGAAUUUGGAAGUCUGCGCAUUGUAUUCGAAGAAUCCUAGAGGUCCUUAUUACUAUUUACAAGGUUUCAAUAUUGCAGCAAUCGUGGCUUUGUUGGUGGGCAUCUUGCCUAUAAUCCCAGGCUUCCUUCACAAGGUUGGUAUUCUGUCGAACACUUCGGAUGCUUUUGUUGUAGCCUACAACAAUGCCUGGUUUGUGAGCUUCUUCCUCUCUGGCAUUCUAUAUUGGCUUCUUUGUCAAUUGGGAAGUAGGAAGGAUGCUCAGCAUACCGAAACGCUCAUUCCUGCUUCGGAGUAGGACUAACAAAGGGCUUCAGUUUUGUUACCUGCCGCUUCAACUGCUUGAGAUUGUAUAGGAGAGACCUGUAAAAAUUUUGUAAUAGAGGAGUCAGAGGGGAUCCAUAGAGAGAUAAAGAGAGACUGAGCUGAAGCCAAUGAUGAAGAAACCCGGAAAAAAAACAAGUGAUUUACAGAUUGGGGAGCACGAUUCGCAGACCAUCUAGAUAUGUGCUAGAUGAUUCUGUUGUACAAUGUUGAAGGAACAGAGAACUUGAAGCAAAUACAUGAUUGUUGAU